CGCAGUGCGGCUCACCGAGCCCCGCACCGAGCCCCGCACCGAGCCCCGGCUGCGGCCGAGCCGCCGUUCCCCACCGGCUGAGGAUCCCUCUGCACGUGCUGCUGCUGCCCCGGGGACACGCCGAGGGGCUGUCCAGGCUCUGCCCAGCCCUCCAAGAUGGUCAUGCCCAGGCCCCACCUCAGCCCUGCAGGGAUUGCCUUCGCCCUCUGCCUUCAGCACCUCAUCAGCGCCAUCGAGGUCCCUCUGGAUCCAAGUAUUCAGAGUGAAUUGCCCCAGCCCCCCACCAUCACCAAGCAGUCGGUGAAGGACUACAUCGUGGACCCCAGGGACAACAUCUUCAUCGAGUGCGAGGCCAAAGGGAACCCCGUGCCCACCUUCUCCUGGACUCGCAAUGGCAAGUUCUUCAACGUGGCCAAGGACCCCAAGGUGUCGAUGCGGCGCCGCUCGGGCACCCUGGUCAUCGACUUCCACAGCGGGGGCAGGCCCGAGGACUACGAGGGGGAGUACCAGUGCUUUGCCAGGAAUGACUAUGGCACUGCCCUCUCCAGCAAGAUCCACCUCCAGGUGUCCAAGUCUCCCCUGUGGCCCAAGGAGAAGGUGGAUGUGAUCGAGGUGGAUGAAGGGGCCCCUCUGAGCCUGCAGUGCAACCCACCCCCCGGGCUCCCCCCACCCGUCAUCUUCUGGAUGAGCAGCUCCAUGGAGCCCAUCCAGCAGGACAAACGAGUGUCCCAGGGGCAGAACGGGGACCUUUACUUCUCCAACGUGAUCCUGCAGGACGCCCUGACCGACUACAGCUGCAACGCCCGCUUCCACUUCACCCACACCAUCCAGCAGAAGAACCCCUACACCCUCAAGGUGAAAACCAAGAAGCCCCAUAACGAAACGUCUUUACGAAAUUACACUGACAUGUACAGUGCCCGAGGGAUCACGGAAACAACUCCCAGCUUCAUGUACCCCUACGGGACCUCCAGCAGCCAGAUGGUGCUCCGAGGGGUGGAUCUCCUGCUGGAGUGCAUUGCAUCCGGAGUACCAGCACCGGACAUCAUGUGGUACAAGAAAGGAGGGGAGCUGCCCGUGGGCAAAACCAAGCUGGAGAACUUCAACAAGGCCCUUCGCAUCUCCAACGUGUCCGAGGAGGACUCCGGGGAGUAUUUCUGCCUGGCCUCCAACAAGAUGGGCAGCAUCCGCCACACGAUCUCGGUGAGAGUGAAGGCUGCCCCAUACUGGUUGGAUGAACCCGAAAACCUCAUCCUGGCCCCCGGGGAGGAUGGGAGGCUGGUGUGCCGAGCCAACGGGAACCCCAAACCCUCCAUCCAGUGGCUGGUGAACGGGGAGCCCAUCGAAGCCUCUGCCCACAACCCCAGCCGGGAGGUGGCCGGGGACACCAUCGUGUUCCGGGACACGCAGAUCGGCAGCAGCGCCGUGUACCAGUGCAACGCCUCCAACGAGCACGGCUACCUGCUGGCCAACGCCUUCGUCAGCGUGCUGGAUGUGCCCCCGCGGAUCCUGGCCCCCCGCAACCAGCUCAUCAAGGUCAUCCAGAACAACAGGACCCGGCUCGACUGCCCCUUCUUCGGCUCCCCCAUCCCCACCCUGCGAUGGUUUAAGAACGGCCAGGGGAACACGCUGGAUGGAGGGAACUACAAGGCGCACGAGAACGGGAGCUUGGAGAUGUUCAUGGCCCGCAAGGAGGACCAGGGCAUCUACACCUGCGUUGCCACCAACAUCCUGGGGAAAGCAGAGGCCCAGGUUCGCCUGGAGGUCAAAGACCCCACCAGGAUUGUGAGAGGGCCUGAGGAUCAGGUGGUGAAGAGGGGCUCCAUGCCUCGCCUCCACUGCCGCAUCAAGCACGACCCCACGCUCAGGCUCACGGUCACCUGGCUGAAGGACGACGCCCCCCUGUACCUGGGAAACAGGAUGAAGAAAGAGGACGAUGGUCUGACGAUAUUUGGCGUGGCUGAGAGGGACCAAGGGGAUUACACGUGCGUGGCCAGCACGGAGCUGGACAAGGACUCAGCCAAGGCCUAUCUCACCGUGCUCGCCAUCCCUGCUAACCGUUUGAGAGACUUACCCAAAGCACGGCCCGACCAGCCCCGUGACCUGGAGCUGACGGACCUGGCGGAGCGGAGCGUGCGGCUCACGUGGAUCCCCGGCGACGACAACAACAGCCCCAUCACAGACUACAUCGUGCAGUUCGAGGAGGAUCGCCUGCAGCCAGGCGUGUGGCACAACCACUCCAGGUACCCCGGCAGCGUCAACUCGGCUGUGCUGAGCCUGUCCCCGUACGUCAACUACCAGUUCCGGGUGAUUGCCGUCAACGACGUGGGCAGCAGCGUGCCCAGCGCGCCCUCGGAGCGCUACCAGACCAACGGGGCACGUCCUGAAAUCAACCCAACGGGAGUUCAAGGUGCAGGCACCCAAAAGAACAACAUGGAGAUAACCUGGACGCCCCUGAACGCCACCCAAGCCUACGGGCCCAACCUGAGGUACAUCGUGCGCUGGCGGCGCCGGGACCCGCGGGGCAGUUGGUACAACGAGACGGUGAAGGGCCCCCGGCACGUGGUGUGGAACACGCCCAUCUACGUCCCCUACGAGAUCAAAGUGCAGGCCGAGAACGACUUCGGCAGAGCCCCCGAGCCCGACACCUACAUCGGCUACUCCGGGGAGGACUAUCCCAAGGCUGCACCCACGGACGUUAGGAUUAGAGUCCUAAACAGCACUGCCAUUGCUCUGACCUGGACCAGAGUGCACCUGGACACCAUCCAGGGACAGCUCAAGGAGUACAGAGCCUAUUUCUGGAGAGACAGUAGCUUGCUGAAGAACCUGUGGGUCUCCAAAAAACGGCAGUUUGUGAGUUUUCCUGGAGACCGAAACCGGGGCAUAGUGUCCCGGCUGUUCCCUUACAGCAACUACAAACUUGAGAUGGUUGUGACCAACGGCAGAGGAGAUGGGCCCCGCAGUGAGGUGAAGGAAUUCCCCACUCCUGAAGGAGUGCCCAGCUCCCCCAGGUAUCUGAGAAUCCGACAGCCAAACCUGGAAAUCAUCAAUCUGGAGUGGGAUCACCCAGAGCACCCCAAUGGAGUCCUCACAGGAUACAGCCUUAGAUAUCAACCCUUUAACGGGACCAAAACGGGCCGAACCGUGGUGGAGAACUUCUCCCCCAACCAGACCAGGUUCACCCUGCAGAGGACAGACCCCAUCUCCCGCUACCGCUUCGUGCUGCGCGCCCGCACCCAGGUGGGAGAAGGAGAGCCCGUGGUGGAGGAGUCCCCAGCCCUGCUGGACGAAGCCACACCAACCCCAGGUACCGUAUUUGGAGGUAACAGGCAUGGGGCAAAAAG